AUGGGAGCAAGACAUUCCAGGAAAAGAAGAGCAUCCCGACCGACUUUUUCAGCAGAACGAAUAUUUGGCGGGGUACUGUGUUGGCAAUGUGCUCAAAUGAUUUCAUCUGCUUUUAUGAUUUGGGCUGAUUGCAGAUUGAUUAGGCGCAUUGAUGUGAAUGUGAAAAACCUUUACUGGGCUGAUAGUGGUGAUCUAGUGGCGAUUGCUAGUGAUGCAUCAUUCUACAUCCUAAAGUAUAAUCGCGAUGUUGUUUCAUCAUAUUUAGAUAGCGGGGGAUCUGUGGAUGGUCAAGGCGUGGAAGAUGCCUUUGAGCUCCUUCAUGAAAUGAGUGAACGUGUCAGGACAGGGGUCUGGGUUGGGGAUUGUUUUAUCUAUACCAAUUCUUCUUGGAGGCUUAAUUACUGUGUUGGUGAGAGGUAA